AUGCGAAAAUUCUUUUAUCUUGAGCGUGGGCGCAAGUUGCACAUGUUGCUGUCGCCAGCCUCCGCCCUCGCGGCCGCGGAGAACGCCGUUUGCUACUUCGACGAUGAUCAUCAGUACGAGACGGCUUCCGAGCACUCAGGAGACGACGAACCUAGGUUACCCUUCAGCGCGAGGCUCGCCGCCGCAACCACCGCCGCAAUCGCCAAUGACAUGAACGGUGGUGACCGUGCAGCGCCCUGCCUGGUGACCGAUCUCGGCCGCAUCGCCGGCGCAAGGUGGAGCGAGAUGGACGCAGAGGCAAAGGCUCCGCGGGAGGCGGAGGCGAGGGAGCACAAGGAGCGCGAGGAGUGCCCGAGGUGGGAGGGCAGGCGCGAGGGCAGCCGCAGGGACGCAAGCGACCGGCAGCGGAUGACCCGUACGGCCGGACGUAUGCCGAGCAGCUGGCGGCGGCCCGGCCUCGAGUCUAGCCUCGGGCUCGGCGGCGGGCGCGUCGGCAGCGGCGGCGGGCCCUUCUGCAGGUGGGGGCAAGUACGCCGGGGAGAGCGAGGCCAAGGAGCAGUGCCAGGCCUUCAACUGCCUCGUCAAGCCGAGGCUCGACGGGCUGCUGCGAGGGGACCUCGCCAACCCGCUGUGCGCGGAGCCGCGCGGCCGCAACAUGGCCCGCGGCCACGCCCCGAUGACCGAUGGGACGCAGGAGGAGCUGCAGGCCCACCACGAGGGGUCGCCUGCACCGCUCUUCGCGCCCCACUACUCGACCGCCUCGCGCGAGGCGAUCGCGAGCGCGGAGAGGUACGUGGGCGCGUUGCGGACGCUUCCGGCCCCCGACCGGGCGGUGCGGAGCAGGGUGUACGCCACGCUGAUGCGGCUCCGCGACCCGGCCGAGUGGGCGCCUCACCAGACCGUGCAGGCCUUCGACGAGCAGAAUCCGUCCCUGCAGCUGCGUGUCUUGCUCGACGAUCUCUGCUACGACCUGAGGGAGACUCGCGGCCUCGCGGGGCGCGCGUGCGUGAUGGGCGGCUCCGAACCUUUUGAGAGCGGGCUGUGA